UGUACUCUACACAGCAAUUAGUGGUGAGCGAAGAGUUAGAGUUCAUAAUAUGGCGCUAUCGACGUGCCAACAAGUGGCCGAUAUUUAUAGGAAUGCCUGCUGUGACACAGCUAUCAACGUGUUAAUCAGACAAGUUAAUUUUUGCAUUCCUAUAGCCGUUUCAAAUUUAAGAAAUGGUGAGAAAACAGUACAACAAUCGAAAGAAUUACUAAUAAGUCGAGCCAUUAGUAUAUUGACUGCAUAUCGACGUCAUUGUGCACAACCCGGUUCUUCACUCGGUCAACUGAUACUUCCCGAGGCGUUGAAACUGUUACCGAUGUAUAUUUGUGGCGCUCUUAAGUGCGAUGCCAUUGACGGCGGACCUGAGAUGACUCCCGACGACAAAGCCUUCUCGCAAAUCAAAUUA